AUGACCUCCGUCAGCGACCUCGCCGCCAAUUUCGCCACCUGCUCUCGCCUCGUCAAAGUUUUCUUCUUUCCAUCUUUUCUUUUCUGGGGCAAAACAAAUUCCAAAGGCAAUUUGCUUUGUAAUGGAAGAUAUAGAGAAGAGUCAGAGGUAUCUGUGUUUUGGGCCUGGGCUGCUAAUUUCAGUGGCUAUGCAACAGUGACAAAGUUCUGA